AUGGCCCCGAAGCUUCUCCCUGGCUUGUCCAAAAUGACAAAGGCCUGGAUAAUGAAACCCAAGAAGAGAAAUCGGAAGAAGAGCAGCAGUAAAGACAAUAAUUCAGUGCCAAUGGAAGUGGUGCCGAUGGAAGAGCAUGUAUCCGAACCGACACCAUCACCCGCAGUUGUCGGUUGUAUCAACAAGCCUCAAGUUGCCCGUGGGUCUUCCGCCACCACAUGGUGUUCCAGUGCUCACCUCAGCGAGCCCUUCAUGGUCUCUCCGUCGGCUACAGACGUAACUACGACGAGUAGUGCGUUCAGUAGACCGUCUCCCUUGAAGCCCUGCCAGAACGGCGACGAGAUGGAUGUGGAAGAUACCACUUGGAACUCUUCGGAUGAUGCUGGUAGCUGCCCUUCUUCUCCUCUGCCAGUUAGACACCGCCGACCAGCUCCCGUGCGUCAAAGGGCUGUCUCACUCACUUCAGGUCUCCACCACCAAUACCAUCAUCAAGAGAAAGACAACCAAAGGCGAGACUUGAUGCAGCUUCAUCACAGCCAGUCAACCUCCUUUCGUCUUCGCAAACGCAAUCGAGCUCUUUCCGACGCUGACUUUGAUCAGCUCUUGACCAUGAGCAGAGGAUGGUCCUACGAUCCCGCAGAGCCAUCCAAGGAUGGGACUCACCACAAUCGCAGCCAGGCGUUGGGGUCGACUGACUUUGAUCGGUACAUCUUUGCCCCUACUGCCCCAAAAACUCGCAGUCAAAGUACCACUGCCGUGAUGUACUCGCCUCGUCGGGCCUCCUUGGCCAGGACGAGAAUGCACAGCAGUGAUACGGCUGUCGUGACGACUGCGCAUCCCUUCUUUCGCCCCAUACAAGAUGAUGAAAAUCUGGCUCCAUUUGCGUGUUGUUGA